UGACCAUUCAUUGCCAGGUUCCACAUUGACUGACCACUGCUCACGGCGGAAACUAUCAAGAUGGGUGUUCUCGAGAAGAUUGAGGAGAUAGAGAAGGAGAUGUCGAGGACGCAGAAGAAUAAAGCGACGGAGUAUCACCUGGGACAACUCAAGGCCAAAUUGGCCAAAUAUCGGGCACAGCUACUGGAGCCAGAGAAGAAAGGUGCCAAAGGGGAAGGCUUCGAUGUUCUAAAAUCCGGAGAUGCUCGAGUCUGCCUGAUAGGAUUUCCGUCCGUCGGGAAAUCGACCUUGCUUUCGAAGACGACAAAAACGGAAUCAGUGACGGGAGCUUAUGAAUUCACGACCUUGACCGCGAUCCCAGGAGUUUUAGAAUACGAAGGUGCUCGAAUUCAAUUACUUGAUCUUCCGGGAAUCGUGCAGGAUGCCGCGAAAGGACGUGGACGUGGACGACAGGUUGUGGCGGUAGCCAAAACAGCAGAUUUAAUCAUAUUAAUGAUCGACGCUACCAAGUCUGCUGAGCAGAAGAGGCAGUUGGAGACGGAGCUUGAGGCAGUCGGUAUCCGGCUGAAUGCCAGGCGACCCGAUGUCGUAUUCAAGCCCAAGUCCGCAGGAGGAGUCACUGUCACAAUCACUGUCAAACUGACAAAGACUGACGAGCGGACGAUCAAGAGUAUAUUGCAAACCUACAGGAUACACAAUUGUGACGUGGUGGUCAGGGAGGAUAUAACAACGGAUGAGUUCAUCGAUGUGCUCUUAGGAACGAGGCAGUAUAUCCCUGCCCUCACCGUCAUUAACAAGAUUGACGGUGUAUCCAUGGAGACAUUGGAUAAGAUGGCUCGUGAGGGCGAUGGAAAGACCGUGAUGAUCAGUUGUGAGAUGGAUCUGGGUCUGGAUUGGUUGCUGGAACGUAUAUGGCAGGAGCUGGGGCUCGUAAAAGUGUACACGAAGAAACGUGGUGAAAUCCCCGAUCUAUCUGACCCAAUCUGUUUGCGACAAGGAGCGACCAUCGAGACUGUCUGCCACGGUAUUCAUCGGAGUCUGGCCUCGCAGUUCAAGUAUGCUCUGGUAUGGGGAAAAUCUAGCAAAUUCAAUCCCCAACCGCAAAAAGUCGGAUUGACCCAUUUGGUCCAGGACGAGGACGUUGUCAGCAUCAUCACCAAGUAGCGCGUCUUCAUGCUGAGAUCACCUGUUGUAUUUAUGUAUGUUUGAGCACCAUCUCUGCUUGUAUCGAUCGAUG